AUGAUUGUGACUGAGUUACAUUUAGUAAUUUUUGUCUUUAUUAUUUUUCUAUUAACAAUAUCAACAAUUAUUGUUGAUGCUGCUGCUGGUCGAUGUUAUUUAUGUUCAGAAAAUACACUUGCUGCAUGUGCUGGUAGUACUCAAUUAAAUUCACCUCUUUAUACAACUAUUCUUCAAUUUUAUACUGAACCAUGUAAUGGUCAAUGUGUUUUAUUUCGAAAUGAAAAUCAAUUAACAAUACGUGGAUGUUCAUGGACAUAUGGUCAUAUGACAUCAAAACCAACUGGAUGGCAUGAAUUAGCUGUUGGUAUACAAGCAUAUUUUUGUGAUAGUUUUCUAUGUAAUAAUGGUAUUUAUGAACAACCAGACGCAUCGAGAAUAAGAAAAGAAAUAAUAAAAAAUGAAUUGAAUCGACCUUUCAAACAAACACUUACUCCUCAACAAUUAUUUAUUCUAGCAGGAAAUACUCCUCUAGUGAUGAAUACUGGUCAACCAUUGAUUUCUAUCAAUACUGAACCUCGUCAAUUACGUCAAUGCUAUUCAUGUACAGCUCGUUCAACUGGCUGUGGUGAAUUUUUGGAUCCACGUUAUGUAGCAAAGUAUAUUCGUCCAUGUAUAUCAAGUUGUGUAAUCUUUCGAAAUCCAAAUGAUCAUAAUUUAAUCACACGAGAUUGUUCAACAACAUGGCCACAAAUACAUGCUAAAAGUGGUCUUCAUAAAUUACUUGGUUCAGAUGCAUUUUUCUGUCAAGAAUCUUUAUGUAACGGCAUUAGUUUUGAUUUUAUCAUAGGUAUUUUUCAUAAUCAAUUACCAGCUGUUAUUACAUUUCCUCCAAUUCAUAUGAUUGAAAAUCCUCCAACAACGACUAUAAGUACUAUAAUAACAGCAACUACUACUACUGUUUCUCUGUCAAUUAGUACAACUGUUGAUAUUGAUGAUAAUAAUGCCAUAUGGGAAGAUACUGAUACAGAUUUUUAUAUUUUCGAAACUACGACAACAACAAUUCCAAUUACUAGUACUUCUUCGUCAUUUUUAACCGAAUUUUCAGAAAUCACAGAUGUUCCAUAUGAUUCAUCAAGUAUUCAAGUUUCAUCUAUGGAACAUUUUGAUUUUGAAGGAUUUGGUGGUGGUAGUAGUAGUACAAUAGUUGGUGGUUUAGCAGUUGCUCAACAAGAUUUACAACUUAAUUGGUGGGAUUUAAAUGAUGCUUCAUUUCCACCAUUGAUUGAAUCUAAUAAUUCUCCUUUACCAACAACACGUACUUCCACCUUAAUUCCAUCAACAAAUAUAUUAACACAUGUAGAUCAAGAUGAAUGGUCAAUAUUUGAUACAAGUACAAUAGCAUCAUCUACACAUUUCGGAUAUUUAUCAGAAUCGAAUUCUGAAUUAGAUUUUGAUAUGAAUGAUUAUUUUCAUAAUCCUAUAUUAACAACAACACCACCAAUGAAUUAUAUAAAUAAUAAUAAUAAUACUUCAUCAUCAUUUGUUCCAUAUUAUUUUACUGAUUAUAAAACAAAAGAACAAUUAAUCGAUUUACUAAAACCAAUACCAACAUUAGCUAUGCCACCAUUUUCUUGGAUGUUACAUUUAGCAAAUCAAAAUAAAGGUCAUUUACAGAAUCGAAAAACAUUAAAUAGUAAAAUUUUAUCAACAAUUUCAUCAACAAUUGCAACGACGAAAAAUAACAAAAACAAGAGAAUAGAAUCAAAAACCUUGAUAAAUAAUAAUAAUAACGAUUAUUUACAUAAAUAUUGUAAUAAAAAACAAUGUCAAAAUGGAGGUCAUUUAAAUUCUAAUUGUUUAUGUAUCUGUUUACCAGCAUUCAGUGGAAACAAUUGUGAAACAGUACAUUGUGACAAACAACCAGCACAUAUUUGUGAUUAUGUACUUGAGCAUGAAUGUAAAAAUGAUUAUGUUCGUUAUUUAUGUCCUAAAUUUUGUCAGAUGAAUAUUUGUUCUUCAGAUAAAUCAUCGUGA